AUGUCAAGAAGUGGGCCGGACUCGGUGCAGGCUACCCCCAGUACGGUUCCUCGGAGUGCCCCUGAGGGCAAGCGGGAGUGUGCAGUGUGCAGCUUGCAAAAAUCUCCGAGAUGGCGCACGGGUCCCGACGGGCCAAAGACUCUUUGCAACCGGUGCGGUGUUUAUUGGGCGACAAUGCGGCAUAAGUGGGACAACCUGGUCGCUCGUUUUAAGGGGGAUCCCUCAGGCAAAAUGCGGGGCACCCCGAGUACGGACGGGGGGGAAGACGAGGGGGGAACGGGAACCAGCGUCGGCAAAGGAAGGAAGCCCGGGAAAGUGAAGCCGGAUCCAACUCCGACGCCGAAGAACACCCGCAAGCGCACAACGCGCACCGUCCCGAACCCGACCCCGCUCGCGCAUGGCAACGGCGGCCCCCCGUUUCUCGACAGCGCAACCGCCAACGGUCUCAUCGCCGGGGGCGUUGCCACGAGGUCAGGGGAACACGCUCCUGCCGCCGCGCGACAGCUGGAACUUGCCACAGAGGAGAAAUCCAAGCCCCCUAAGAAGCGGUGGAUCGAAGAGCUGACGGAAACGUCCCCUAAGCGGCGGUCCGGUCAGCCCGUGCGGUGGCGCGCGCUUUCGGACGAGGGUGACGUGGCGGCCAACGAUUCGCCGAGCGGGAAGCGGAGGCGUGGGGGCGGUUCGGACGUUGGAGAGGAAGGAGGCUUGCGAAAGGAGGAGGCGUCAGAUGCUCAAAAGGAAGAGGUGACAGGUGUCGCAAAAGAGGUGACAGGUGUUGGGGAUGAGGAGGCGCCAGCUGUCCGAAAGGAGGAGGCGCUGGAGAGAGACGUCCGAAAGGAGGGGCGCAUGCAGCGGGGUUUGGCGCGGGUUUUGGAGGCCGCGAACGGGGGGUUCGAUGCCGGGGAGCCGUCACCCAAGGCGGCCCCACCGAAACGGAGGAGGACCGAGCUUGAAGGGUUGCUGGGCGCGGCAAAGAAGGAAGAAGCGCCGGGCGAGCGCCGCGGGGGGGACGGGCGGCUACAGCGGGGUUUAGCGAGGGUUUUGGAGGUGGAGCGAUUGGCCAACGGCGAUGGGGAGCAGGACGCGUCGCUGAGUUUAGAAAGCGGCGAGGUGGCGGUGCGUCGGCGGCAGGGCCGGCGGGCGAACGGGAGCGAUGACGUCAGCGGGGGGCUGUUGUUGGAAGAGGACGGGGAUGCCGGGUUGGCUAGAAACAGGCGGGGAAAGCCGCCGCUCGGAAAAGGGGGCGGGGGGAAGUGGGAGUUACGGCCGCGGCCUGAUUCGGGCCACAGGAGUAAGGGGGGUGAGAGCGAGUCGGAUUCAGACGCGGAGGGGGAGAAGCCGGGGGUUAAAAGGAAGGGGGGCAAGGGGUCUUUGGACGGGGGGGUGGAUAACAGGCCCAAUGGAAAGAGGGGGCACAGUGAGGAUUUAAAUGAUGCGCCGCGCCGCGUUGGGAACGGAGAGAACGGUGUGAAUGGGCGUCCGAGGAGGGACGGCUCGGCGCUCUGCAUGGUGUGCGGUGAGAGCCCACGGGAAGCCCUGUUCAGCCCGUGCGGGCACUUCAAUUUCUGCUAUGGGUGCGCGUCGCAGAACCUCAAGGAGAAAGGUGACUGCCCAAAGUGCGGCGUGAAGGUGACGGGGGUGCAGAAAGUUGUGCUCUAGCUCCGGAAGGCAGGGCCGACCCGCUGUGUGUCAGACACCCUUUGGUGUGCCGUCCUCCGCCCAUCUCAUGAAUGUUGCGAGACAAGGGUCGUGACCCGCGUUUGUCGACUCCUGCAAGCGUUUUCUGAGGAGUUCUACCGCCGCUCAGUGUAUUGUUUGCAACACCUGCGAAUUCGUGACGAAAAAAGAGUGUAAUUAUGACAUAUUCGGACUUGUUCACCGAUUAGUUAGACGGUCGACUGCAAUCUGAGAUAUAUCUGCUUUGUUCGUAGGACUCGUUAAGUUUUGUAAGUUCAGAUGAAUCUAGUCCAAGAAAUAUGUUCAGGUUUGAGAUGACAAAAUGUGCGUCUGCAGGAUUUGAGGUCCAUAUUUGAUAAUUCACAUGUGGUCAACAGAUCAUGGCAUGGCACCCAACAUGGUCACUUGGCUCCAGUCAGUCGCCCGUGCGAGCUGCAUGUGGGAUUCGUUGGUCAAGCUUACUGUAUCUUUUC